AUGUCAUCAUUCCCACAAUUCAGGAGACUCCCAGUCGAACUUCAACUCAAAAUCUUUUAUUUUUCUCUUCAACCAGACAGCAUUGUACCCCGGAUCAUCAAAGUCGACUUCGCUCCAGAAUUGCAUACAUACAGAUAUCAAUCUCAGCCACCACCACUUACCCAAACAUGUCGAGCUUCUCGUGAAGUUGCUCUGAAGAGUUACUCGGUCCUCAACCCCUCCAUGCUAAACAAACGGGGCGCUAUAUAUUUCCAUCGCGCCGUUGACAUCCUGCACUACCAUCCACAAUGCGAACACCACUAUGACAAUGACUCACUUGAUACGACUGCAUUGGACCCAGAUCUUCCAACUCAUCUCAUACGGCAUAUAAUGAUCACACAAACAUACAUGACCCUCAGGGCAAGUGAUUCCUUCAGCUGCCCAAUCUUUGAGUUGAGAUAUUUCGGGAACUUAGAGACGUUAUAUAUAGGAUUGCCAAGUCAUGCAGAACUAGAAGAGCAUAGUACACGUUGGUAUCAAGAACUCAUGAGGCUUACGCCAGGUCACAAAGAUGCGCCGCCUUCACUACCUCAUCACCUAAUAGCUUCAUAUACUCGCGAAAAACUCGAAGAGGCUUCUGGGCGCCGAGAUAUUGUACCGGGAUACACAUUGUUAUCGGCGGACAAGGGGAAUAUGCGUAAACAUCAGCUGUUAAGUUGUUUUGGAUGGCAAGAAGGUGGUAUAAGUGGUGCGUGGAUUUGUGGCGAUGGUUCGGGAAGGGGUGAUGGAAGGAUUAGGAGAGGAGAGGGAUGGCAAAGUAGAGAGUUGCCAGCACUGAACCAUGUCCCCGAACUCGUAAGCUUCACGACGCCAAGUCUUCCCAGCGGAAAUGAAUAUCUUUUCCAGAACAGGGCCCAUACAGAGGUGGAUCCCGCUGGAUAA